AGGAUGGCAGCCAGUAAAACUGUAAAGUUCCAGUUACACGUCCCUGAUCUAGAGGAAUUGUGUCAGGUGCUGGAAAAGGGACUGAGGAAGAACUUUGAAGAGGUAAAAGUGUGUGUGAGUGAGUGUCCAGAUCUCACACAGGAACCCUUCAAGUUUCCUGUCAAAGGACUAUGUGGUAACCCUCGCAUUACUGAUGUUGGCGGUGUCCCCUACUUGAUCCCACUGGUUCAAGUGGACAAGGUCUAUAACAUGAACAGUCUAGCCAAGGAGUUGGAGCUGCCUGGGGCAUUUAUUCUUGGUGCUGGUGCCGUGUCAUCAAAGACCAUUGGAAUGAACGCAGAGCUGAUGCCUCUGGUGUUGACGGAGCAUGAAGGCAAACCUGCUGUCAAUGCCAGCUACUUCUCCUCCGUCAAUCCAGCAGAUGGGAAAUGCCUGCAGGAGAAAUACAGCGACAGGUUCUGUGACUGUGACUUUGGGCUUCUAGCAAACCUGUACGCAUGUGAGGGUCAGCCUGGGAAGGUCAUGGAGGUCAGAGCCAGCAGGAGGACAGGUGAGGACAGUCUCGUUAGCUGUAUGAGGAAGACAAUGGCGGAACACUAUGGUGAUAAAAGCAUUGCACUUGGAGGGACUUUCAUCAUCCAGAAAGGGAAGGCCAAGAUCCACAUCAUGCCACGAGAGUUUUCCUCAUGCCCCUUGAAUACUAAUGAAGAUGUAAACAACUGGCUGAAGCAUUUUGAAGUCAGCGCUCCUCUCAUCUGUCAGUCUGUCAUGGUGUCCAAAGAUCCAGGUUUGGAUCUGAGAGUGGAACAUACCCAUGGCUUCAGCCAUCAUGGUGAAGGGGGUCAUUACUACAUAGACACUACACCAAGCACAGUGGAAUACCUGGGAUACUUUCUACCUGCAGAGUUUGUUUAUCGCAUUGACCGGCCAGUGGAGACCCACAAUGUUGGCAGAGACUAAAUUUAAUGUGAAUGAAUGUUCAUAUAUAAGAACUGACACAAAAGAAUUCACCCAAAAUAACAAACAUUGUUAUUCAGAAAAUAACCAUAAAAUUAAAUCAUGUAUUGUUUAAA